UCUUGAUGUUCUUGCCUUCUUGGUUGCUCCAAUGACUCUCAGGCCAAGAGGGUCCGAGUUCUUGAGCUUUCAUGCAGGCAAUUUCCUAAUUCCUUUCUUCUUAUUCCUUUUUUUUUAAUUUUUAGGUGUUUUUAAACGUUAUAAUUCUUAAUUAUUGGUUGAAUUAAGAGCAGCAGGAGGCAGAGGAGUCUUUUUGCAUAUUGGAUGAACUAUUAAAAAAAAAUUGUUACGGAGCUAACGGAUGACCCGUUAGCUUAAUUGGUUAAGUUCGGAUGAUCCGUUAACUUAAUGGGUUGGAUUUGGAUGACCCGUUAAAUUAACGGAUUAGAUUGAACCCAACCCAAACUCAAUAAACCCGACCCGUUUACAGGUCUAGUGCUAAUACUAGCAUUACUCCUUCCAUCGCCAGAGAAUACGGUGCUCAAGACACGGUUGGUCACGAUUAUGGCAGGAAAGAGCACCAUGGUGCCACUGGCAUGCUUCAUCGCUCUGGCAGCUCAAGCUCGAGCUCUGGAGGUGGUGGGAGGAGAGGGGCUGAAACAGAAGAUAAAGGAGAAGCUCCCAGGUUCAACCACAACUGACACAACAUACGACACCACCUACCCCGGAAGGCACCACCAGGAGAAGGGAAUGAAGGACAAGAACAAGGACAAGCUGCCGGAGGGCCACAAGGAUGACCCCUACUACUCAACACCACAUACCACUUUGACCACCACUACUUACGGCGUCACCACUUACAUGGAGGAGCACCACGAAAAGAAGGGGAUUAUGGACAAGAUCAAUGAGAAGCUUCCCAGCGGACACCACUGGCGAUUAUAAUAUUAUUCCUGUAAUAUAAGUCAAUUACAGUAUAAUGUAGUGGUUUAGCGUUGUUAAUCAUAUAAUAAGCUAUAGUAGUGCCUAAUAUCAGAGUGUGCAAGG